UCCCUCACGAAAUGGCGGCGGCCGAGUCGUUCCUCGCCUUCAACCCCGCGGCUCGAUCCGGCCUCUCCGCCGGCUCCAGGCGCCGCUCCCGCGGUCCCCGCAACCGCAAGAAGGGCUGGAAGCGCUGGAGCGGCCCCGAGGCGCAGCUGGGCCGGGAAAUCGGCGAUUUCCUGGAGGAUGUGGGGCUGCAAGAGCGAGCGGCGGGGGGUCUGAUCUCGGAGCAGCCCAACGAGGGCCUUUUCUUCCUGGACACGGGAAAAACCCGCAAAGGUCGGCGACCCAAGAAACCCCCACAGAAACCCCUGCACGUAGACCUGGUUCUUCAGCCUCUCUCCAAAGUGCCUCCCCCCAAAAACAUCUGCGCCCACCAGACCCCGAACGGGCGGAAGGAGAAGCGGCGCCGGGAGUUUUGGGAGAAAAAAGCGGAAAAAGGGAUUUUCCCUCGGGGGGAGCGGCGGCUCCGGGCCCGGCUCAGCCGGGGGGAGACCCCCACCCCCAAAAAACCCCCCGAAUUGGGGCGCUCGGACCCCCAGAGGGGCUUCUACGACAUCUGGGGCGAGCACAACCCCCUGGACGCCCCCUUGGCCGGGCAGGACCCCUGGUACCUCCAACAGACCAAGAAGCUGCGAGUUCAGGAUUUGCUGCUGCGGGCGCUGGAGGUGGAGACGAGGAGGAGGAGGGAGGAGGAGAAGGUGGAGCGGAGGCUGAAGGUCACCGAGGAGCCGCCCUCGGAGGAGGCCGUGCUGCAGGAGCAGCUGCAGGGGCUCCUGGAGGAGGAGGAGGAGGAGGAGGAGGAGGAGGAGGAAGAGCAGGAGGAAAAUCGGGAUCAGCCCCGGCAACGGCAACAGCCGGGCAGGAAAACGGAGAAACAGCGACGGAAGGAGAAGGAGCAGAGGGAGAAGGCCGGGCUGCGGGCACGGGAACGCGCGGCAGCGCUGAGGCUGCAGGGGCUGUUCCGGCUGCGGGCGCUGCGCCGGGCGCUGCAGCACCGCGAGCAGGAGCUGCGGCGCCGGCGGCUGCUCCGGGCGCGGCUGCGGGAAAUGAGGGACAGAGCCCCGAAACGGCUCGGGAGGAUCCGGUACGAGGAGCCCGGCCCCGAGGUGCAGCUGAGCGAGGAACUGCCCGAAUCCCUCCGGAGCCUCCGG